AUGAUCACCGUAGUGUUGGCAACAGUUGCGUUAAUCUUGGUCGUCCUUUUCCUUGCAAAAGAACUCUAUCGUCCGGCCAACUAUCCUCCAGGUCCACGAUGGCUUCCGAUCGUAGGCAACACACCGUUGGUACGAAAAAUGGUCGCUCAGAAUGGCGGUAUGCUUGCUAACGUCUGCGACAAGCUGGCCGAGUCCUAUGGAAGCUCAGUUAUUGGGAUGAAGCUCGGCCGGGAGCGAAUCGUAGUUUGUCUCGGGUACAACGAGGUGAAGGAGGUCCUCUUGAACGACGCAUUUCAGGGAAGACCCGAUAAUUUCUUCAUCCGAUUGCGGACUCUUGGAACAAGGCUAGGGAUCACUUGUACCGACGGGCAGUUCUGGAGUGAGCAAAGAAGCUGCGUAACACGCCACCUACGCCAGGCUGGUUACGGACGUCAGGCGAUGCAUGUGCAGAUCCAGAAAGAAUUGGAGGAACUAGUUGACGUUAUUCAAGCACGCCAGGAAGAACCUCUCUGGCCUGACUCGAUCCUUGCGAUCAGUGUUAUCAAUGUUUUUUGGAUGAUCGUCACCGGGGAGCGAGUACCACGGGAAGAUGACCGCCUGCAUAGGUUAGUGAGUUUACUUCAGAUGCGCUCGAAGGCCUUCGAUAUGUCCGGUGGAACGUUGAACCAGCUACCGUGGCUUCGUUUCAUCGCGCCCGAAUGGAGUGGAUACAACCUGGUGCGUCGUUUCAACAAGCAACUGAUCGAGUUCUUUACGCCUACCAUUGAGGAGCAUCACCGAAGCUUCAGCGAGGACAGUGCCAACGAUGACCUCAUAUAUGCCUACAUCAAGGAGAUGCGCGAACGAAAGGACGACGUGGGAACAAACUUCACCGACCUGCAGCUGACUAUGAUCAUCCUGGAUAUCUUCAUCGCCGGUGGUCAAACAACUAGCACCACGCUCGACCUGGCCUUCAUGAUGAUGCUAGCGCAUCCGGAAGUGCAAGCUAAAGUGCACGAAGAAAUCGACUCUAACCUAGCGCUGGAGGCUACACCACAUUACGAUGACCGUUUGAAGCUUCCUUAUAGCGAGGCGGUCCUGCUCGAGAUCCAGCGAUACUUCUCUAUCGUUCCACUAAACGGACCGCGUCGUACAACUAGCGAUUGCACCCUGGGAGGCUAUCGUGUGCCGAAAGACACCACGGUAUUAAUGGGAUUGAGGAACGUACACAUGGACCCGGCGCACUGGGGUGACCCAGAAGUGUUCCGACCGGAACGCUUCCUGGACGAGAACCGGAACAUCGUCAACACGGAACGCCUGUUGCCGUUUGGACAAGGAAAGCGGCGCUGCCUCGGGGAAACGUUGGCCCGAUCUUGCUUGUUUACAAUCUUCGUCGGUGUGAUGAAGAACUUUUUUCUGCAUAAACCGGAGCAGAGCUCGGAGUCGGACGACAUGGCGCCAUCGUUGUUGCUUAAGCCGGGAAUAACUCUUUCACCCAAACCGUACCAUGUCGUGUUUAAACCGAGACAUACAACUACACCACAUUGA